AUGCUAAUCAGUCAGGCAAUCAUACAGUUGUUGCAAACAGACAAUGACAGGGCGCUUGAUAAUGCGAUAAAGGAGAAUCCGAGGUUGAUCAGUUUGCGAAAUGAACAGAGUUUAACCCUUCUCCACCUUGCCGCGCAGCUGAACAAGUUGAACUGCAGCCUGGUCCUCUUGUAUAGAGGCGCUGACCCUUUUGCGACGCUGCCAAAGAAUGAAUGGACGCCUCUGCAUUGCGCAGCCCAGCGGGAUGCUCAUAAUUUAAUCCAAGCUUACACAAAAUACAAGCUUCCCUUGGACGCAGUCGAUGCAAAGGGAAGAACGGCUCUUCAUAUCGCGGCCAGUCAUGGCGCAGAGAACUUCAUCAGAAGCGCUUUGGAGAGCGGGAUGGACGUUGACACUGUCAAUUCUUCUCUGAUGUCGAAGGGUUGGAGUCCGCUUCACUACGCAUGCUGGCAUGGUGAGACUGAUUGUGUGGAGACCCUGCUCCGAUUCAAAGCUGAUGUGAUGGCGACUGAUAAGGACGGAUUUAGUGGCCUCCAUCUGGCCGUAGAGUCUGGUGAUAUUGCAUCCGUCAAGUUGCUUCUUGAAAGCAUGAAAACAAAGUUCACCGAGUCCGGCUGGAGCCAACUACUCGAAGAAGUGAAAGAAAUCGCCCUGCGAGUAAACAAGCACAUGGCCGAAUUUAUCGAACGAUGGAAUCUGCCUUACGAAAAAUUAAUGAAAAACGAAGCAUUUCCUCUUCAUGCCGCUGUCGCCUCCGGAAACGAUGAAGCACUGAAGAAUCUUCUCGCAACAUUUGGCGUGAACGAAAAAAACGCUCAGGGAGAGACGUGCUUGCACCUUACCGCGAAGAAUGGACUCGUUAAUACGGCGAAAAUUCUGCUUGAAAAUGGCGCUGACUUGACGAUUCUAUCCCGGGCGAAAGAAACUGCGCUGGAUGUCGCUAUCAAAACGAAAAAUGACAAGCAUAAAAUACCUCGCGUCGCUCUUCAAGCUCUUGUUGUACUGGAUGCAGCAACUUCAAACUCAGGCCGAGAAUUCCAGCGAAACGUAUGCAGCCAAGAAUUUAUCAAUGAACUGAGGCCCAUCGUUGGCAGAAACGACCUUGUCGGCGAAAAGUGCAAAGAACUGAUUCUCAAAUGGACCAAAGAGUUUGAGCACGAUAGCGAACUUUCAAUGAUCGUUAGCUUCUAUCAUUUCUUACGCGCAAACGGGACGCAUUUCCCGGAGCCGAAAAGCGAACGGCGGCAAAUGACAACAAAUCCAGAUGCAGUCGACAGUCAAAAAGAAGCGGAUGAUUUAGCUCUCGCCCUUCAACUGAGUCUCCAAGAAGAAGAAGCAAAGAAACAGACAACAAAGGUGAAACAACAAACGCCUAGCUUGUACUACUCGACUCUUCAAACCUCGCCAAACGCUGAAAAGGCCGUCAAAGUCAAGGCGCUGUACGACUUCGAAGCGGUGGAGGACAAUGAGCUGACUUUCAAAGCAAACGACAUUAUCACGCUGAUUGAAGAGUGUGAUCCAAACUGGUGGGAGGGAUCGCUCAAUGGAAAAUCCGGUUUAUUCCCAGCGAAUUUCGUAACCAAAACGCUUGAUCAGAAAACAGAGCCGCCCAAGAAGUCUGAGAACAAAGUCGUUAUCAAAGUCGACGAGGCCUUGCUCGAUAAGACUCUUGAACAGGUCGAGUCUGCUGAUCCGUCAGAAGAAAAGGACUCUGCUGAAAUGCUACAGAACGAAGAGAUCUGCUCUAAAAUGGGUGCUAUUAUUGAUUCAAAAUUGUCUGAAAUGGAUACUGAGCAGCUGGAACUGACACAAUUAAAUGAAAAGAUUUUACAAUGUCUGCAGCUUUACGACUCCUUGAUGCAGGAUCAACUCUCGACGAUGAAUUCAUCUUACAUACCACAGCUGACCAACUCUAUGGCUUCAAUGUCUAUGCAGUAUGCACCUGGCCAACAAUACGCUCCUCAACAAGUUCACCAAUACUCUCAAGGCUACCAGCCAGUAGAGACCCCCCAGCCUGCGGAAAUGAACCAACACAUAAACCAGCAAGCCUAUCAAUCUCAGAUCCAGAGUCGAGGAUAUACGAUGGGAAAUCUCCCGCCAAAUGCAUCCGCACAAAACAUGUUCGCCACGCAGCCUCAAGCGAAUUUCCAUCCGCAACAACAGCAAUAUUUUACUCCACCGCCUAGUGCGUACAGUACCGGAUCUCCCUAUAACGGACCCUAUGAGCCCACCGCUCCACCACCGACACCACCAGUAACGGAUGCUUCGCUCCUACAGCACCAUCAACAAGUUCCACAACAUCAGCAACAAGCAGCGGGAGCCUACCAGCAGCAACCAAUGCCCUCUUACCAGGCUGGCAUUGAACCACCUUCUGGUGGAUCUAAUCAAGCAGCACCACCUACUCAAGCACAAAAUUUGUUGUGA